CAUUGAGAACGGGAUGGAGGAAACAAAUGGAAUUCGCUUGAAGCGCACCAAAAAGUCGCACAAAGAAUUCACAAUCGAAAUCAGUUUCAAAUACGCUGCGUUCAACAACAGUACAUAAUCAACAUAAAGCGCAGAUUUAAAAUCGAAAUUUGAAAUUUUUAGAAAACAACAACAAAAACAACGUAUCAAAUUCACAAUUUAAUUUAAAAGAUUUAUUUAAUUACAACAGCAACUAAAAAGUUCAUUGUAUUUAAAACGUCAAAUUGUUGGUGCUGUUAUUUACUCACUUCACUUGUUGUUGUUACAUAGUAUACAAUGAAGAAGCAUUGAUAAGCACAAGAGCAAUAACACGAGACCAACAAACCUCAUCCUGCGUCAGCAGCAUCAACAGCGACCGCAACAGCGUGAGCGAUUUUGAUGUAAAAAUAGCAUCUUACACCAGAACAGCAAAAUUACAAAAAAAAAAAAAAAACAACAACAAACACGCAUACCGAAAAUAGAAACUGUUAUCAUUGUAAUUAGUUUCGUAUUCAAAUAAUAAUUAAUCUAAUUUUUUUUUUUGUUUUAAAUUGACUAAAAGUCAAGGCGCACGAGAUGAGACAUCAUAACUGUAAUACACUCAUUAAACUCUCGACUGCCCUCACAAUUGUGGCAUACAUUGUAACAACCACGUACGCCAUUUCGAGCACAUGGGGCAACAUUUCGAAUUCGGCGCAAUUGUUGCAUGUGGAGAAUGUUUUUAAUGCGUCAUCGCCUGGAAAAUAUGUGAAUCGUGAAAUUAAAUUUCCGAAAAAUGGCAUUGGCAAUGGACGCAUUAUCACCGGCAUACGCGCCUUUGAUCAGGUGACAAAUGGCACUGGUGGCCAUGCCACCAUCUAUUCCGGUGGGCCAGGCUUCAAUAAUGUCACCAUCAAGCUGCAGUCACAAUAUAAUUAUGGUUUAAUAUUUCGCGUGGAAAUCUAUGGCAAAUAAUCUAUAGCAGAAUAUUAUAACAAUUCUUCAAAAAUUUCCAAAAAUACUUAUUUUAUUUAGUAAUAAUUAUUUUUUUUUUAUUUAGUUUAUUUUUUCUUUUUUUGUAAUUUUUAGUUAGGGUACUUACUUUCUAAAACUAAGCAAAAGAAAUUAAACACACAAGCACUUAAGUA